CGAGAUCAUAGAGGCCGGCGUCGAUGGACGGCCGGACGAGGAGCGGGAAGCGGAGGAGAAGGAAAAUGCCAUGGACGUGGAUCAGGAAAUCUUCAUUCCCGGACGAAGUAAACUGUCCGCCGGACAGACGUUACAAGCGGAUCCUUCGACAUAUCAUAUGCUCCACAGCCUCCAAGCACCAUGGCCAUGCCUGUCCUGCGACAUUGUCAAAGACCAGUUAGGCGACAACCGCAAGACGUAUCCCGCCACGAUCUACGCCGUUGCCGGCACGCAGGCUGCCCAGGGACGCGAGAAGGAGAACCAGCUCCUCGUCAUGAAGCUGAGCAGUCUCUCCCGCAUGGACAACGCCGAAGAAUCCGACGAAGAGUCCGACGAGGACGAAGACGCCGACCCGAUCCUGGAAACCAAAUCCAUCCCGCUCAACUCCUGCACCAACCGCAUCCGCACCUACCAACCCCCGCUCUCCUCCGCCGCCCACCCGCUGACCACCCUGACCGCCUCCAUGAUGGAGUCCGGCGAAGUCCUGAUCCACGAUGUCACCCCCCAUCUCACCUCCUUCGACACCCCCGGCGCCACCAUCACCCCAAAACAGAACAAGCCCGUCUCCACCAUCCGCGCGCACGCCGGCGUCGAAGGCUUCGCCAUCGACUGGGCCCCCUCGAACGUCUACCCCACGGGGAAGCUCCUUACCGGCGACCUGUCCGGGAAGAUCUUCUGCACGACGCGCACCGACGGCGGCGGUCUGGCAACCGACACCACGCCGUACACUGGCCACGGGGGCUCGGUGGAAGAGCUCCAGUGGUCGCCAUCCGAGAAGAACGUGUUCGCAUCCGGCGGCGACGACGGGACCGUCCGCGUCUGGGAUCUGCGCAGCAAGUCGCGCAAACCUGUCGUCACCGUGCAGGCCAGCGCGACCGACGUCAACGUGCUGAGCUGGUCGCGUCUGACGACGCAUCUGCUGGCGUCGGGCCACGAGGACGGGAGCUGGAGCGUGUGGGACCUGCGGCAGUGGAAGCCGACCGCGGGAUCGUCGGGGUCCGGGAGCGAUCCGCUGCGGCCGACGCCGGUGGCCGGGUUUUCGUUCCAUAAGGAGCAGAUUACGUGUUUGGAAUGGCAUCCGACCGACGAUAGCAUCAUGCUGGUGGGUUCUGGUGACAACACCCUCACGCUGUGGGAUUUGGCGGUGGAGUUCGACGAUGAGGAAAGCAAGGAUACGGGCGGGGUCCAGGACGUGCCGCCGCAGUUGUUGUUCGUGCAUUACAUGGACGAGGUCAAAGAGGGCCAUUGGCAUCCGCAAAUCCCCGGGGUGGUGUUGGCGACGGGAAACAGUGGAUUUGGGUAAGUGAUCAUCUGCUCGUUGUCACGAUAGGAUACUAACUUCAGGCGUCUAGGGCUUUCAAGACCAUUAGCGUAUAAACAGGAUGAUGCAGGAUGAUACCCAGAGCACUUCAGCCUAUGUAGCUUUGCCAAUACGACACAUCAUGCCAAUCGUUGUACCUGCUCGGAAUCUUUGAGUGACACUGCGGUGUCGUAUGACAAUCUUGACUCCGGAUGCCUUAUAGAGUCCCAGAAAACGCCCAACGUGAGAAUGAUCGGGUAUCGCUGUCCCUCCCCAUACGCCAUGUAAAUGAACGGUACUCCUCCCCGUCCCAACCU